UCUCCAUCUCCAUUUUUUCUUUCUACCCAAGAAAAAGUGUCAAUUCUUUACUACUUAUUUUUUGUUUAGAUCUAUAAUUCUUUCUCUACCAUAAUCUCUAAUUAUUCUUCUAAUUUUCUUCGGAGAAUCCGGAAGAAAAAAAAAUGGCUCAAGGAACCCUUGAAGUUCUUCUUGUUAAUGCUAAAGGUCUUGAGAACACAGAUUUUCUCUCUGAUAUGGAUCCUUAUGUCAUCCUUACUUGCCGAACUCAAGAGCAGAAAAGCAGUGUUGCAUCUGGGAAAGGGACUGAGCCAGAAUGGAAUGAAAAUUUUGUGUUCAGCGUGAACUCUGAGGGAGUUUCAGAACUCACCUUGAAAAUAAUGGACAGUGACGGCAUUACCCAGGAUGAUUUCGUUGGAGAAGCAACUAUCUCACUAGAUGCUUUGUUUACGGAAGGAAGCAUCCCACCAACUGUUUAUAACGUAGUAAAGGACCAAGAAUAUCGUGGAGAGAUCAGAGUUGGCCUCAAUUUCAUUCCUGAGGUACGCCGUGAGCACAACUACGGUGCUGAAGAGGAGAGUUUGGGAGGAUGGAAAGAGUCUUCCUCCGGCUACUGAGUCUGAGUGUCCAUAAUCUGAGUCUUCCGACUGAGAGUGUCCAUGACCUGCUGCAAUUUUUAUGAUACCAGAAUUUGAGUUCUUGCGAUGGAAAUAAAUUUACCUUACUGUUUGGGAAGUUUUUCGAAUAUGUAGUUGUAUAAACAUUGGCUUGGUUUGGUUUCGAUGUUUUCUCUUUCUUUUGGCUUGAACUUUGGUUUGGAUGGAGACAUAAUCAAAUGUAUUGAGCAUGUUUAAGUUAUUAUGCAUGUGGAUUAGUUGCAUUACAAUUA